GGUGUCAAACCGUAUUCUGUGGAACUGAGACAGUGUGUGGUGUGCUCGCUCGUGAUUCGUUUUCUGGAAGUUUACACAGUGCAGUGCAAGUAGCGUAUCGUUAUUAUCUUUGUUAAAAUCUAGACUUGGAAUUGUUAAAUUAAGAUUAAAAAAUGGUUAAGGAAACAACAUUUUAUGACAUCCUUGGAGUGAAACCCAAUUGUACGACAGAUGAGCUUAAGAAGGCGUAUAGAAAAUUAGCACUCAAAUACCACCCAGACAAGAAUCCCAAUGAAGGGGAGAGAUUCAAGCAGAUCUCCCAGGCUUAUGAGGUGCUCUCCAAUCCAGACAAGAGGAGAAUUUAUGACCAAGGUGGCGAACAAGCCCUAAAAGAAGGCGGCGGUGGUGGCGGCGGCUUCUCUUCCCCCAUGGACCUGUUCGACAUGUUCUUCGGCGGGGGCUUCAGCGGCGGCCGCGGCCGCGGCCGCGGGCGCGAGCGGAAGGGCAAGGACGUCAUCCACCAGCUGUCCGUCACCCUGGAGGAGCUGUACCGGGGUGCUGUUAGGAAGCUGGCGCUGCAGAAGAAUGUCAUCUGUGAGAAGUGCGAGGGCCGUGGUGGGAAAAAGGGUGCGGUCCAAACAUGCCCAACAUGCCGCGGCUCCGGCAUGCAGGUCCAGAUCCAGCAGCUGGCUCCGGGCAUGAUCCAGCAGAUCCAGACGGUGUGCAGCGAGUGCCGCGGGCAGCGGGAGAUCAUCGACCCUAAAGACCGCUGCAAGGUUUGCCAGGGCCGCAAGACCGUGCGGGACCGCAAAAUCCUGGAGGUGCACGUGGACAAGGGCAUGACGGACGGACAGAAGAUCGUGUUCAGCGGGGAAGGCGACCAGGAACCAGAGCUGGAGGCCGGCGACCUUAUUAUCGUGUUAGAUGAAAAGGAACAUGAAGUGUUCAAACGCUCCGGCAACGAUCUCAUCCUCCGCCUCAACAUCGAGCUGGUGGAAGCGCUGUGCGGCUUCCAGAAGGUCAUCCGGACCCUGGACGACAGAGACAUUGUGAUAACGGUCAUGCCUGGGGAGGUCACUAAGCAUGGCGAGGUCAAGUGUGUGCUGAAUGAAGGCAUGCCGAUGUACAAAAACCCGUUCGACAAGGGCCAGCUCAUCAUCCAGUUCCUAGUUAACUUCCCGAGCAACAUUCCCCCCGAAGUCAUUCCCGCGCUAGAGAACUGCCUGCCGCCCAGACCAGUGGUGGACAUCCCCGAGCUGGCCGAGGAGUGCCACCUGGUGGACCUGGACCCGGAGCAGGAGUCGCGGCGGCGGCGCGCGCACGCCGGCCCCGCCUACGACGAGGACGACGACCACCCCGGCAUGAACCGAGUGCAGUGCGCCACCAGCUAGGCUAGCCUACCCCAUCCCGAGGCCGGGGGGAACCAACCUCACACGUUAUUUAACUUAAACGAGAUCACGACGCCGUUAUACGAUUUGAGUAUAAUAAAACUGUUCAUUCGCUGUUUUUAAUUUUAACACUUUUAUUGCUGUUCCUAAUACAAAAUAAACGCGCCUAACGUGUUUUUGGCGGUGAUUUUGUGUUACUAUUGUGUCAGUGGUAGACAAAACAUUUUUUGCACGUUUUAAAAACAUCGGCUCUACAGUAAUUUCCUAGCCAUUAGCCUGAAACAAUCAUUUUCGCAUAAUGUAUACCUACUUAUAGUGACGCAAGUUGGUGAAUUCCAUAAAGUGAACAUACGUUUCCACUUUCGAGCACCGAGAGUUGAGACCCAUUCGCAAUAACUAUAACCGUGAGUAAAACCGUAUUAAUAUUCUUUUAAAUAUAGUAUUAAGUACCUCAGUAAAGAAGACUUCUUCACGGCCGAUUCUCGUUUAUUUAAUAAUGUCUGAGGCGGGUUUUAAUUGUUUUAAACCUGCUCUUUCUAUACAAUGACUAUGCGUCGAGCGCUAUAGUUACUCUACAGUAAGCCCAUGGCAGCGUUUAAUUCGUGAUGACGACAACAUAGUGUAUGCCACUUUCCAAUACCCUUGACGGAAUGUGACGUGCUUUAUUUUCGUUUACCAUGUUAUAACGCAACCAUAAGGCAAUGGUCCCACUGCGGGCUAGUAAGCUAUGAGCUAUCGGCUAUAAACACGAACAAAAGAUAAGCAC